AUGGGCAGGGUAUGCAUAAAAUUCCUGCCAAGUCUCACCCAAACAGAGUCUCCCAUUUGGUGUGGACUCACCGGAAUAAUUGCACUAGAACAGGAGGAUUGUCCAAUAACCUCCUUUCCGUGCCUAGCUGUCACACCACCUGAAGGGAACACAAGGGCCGAGAUACUAUCAGGUUGCCCAAAGAACAAUCGAGGUGCUGAGUCAACCAGUCAGCGGAAUAACCGAAGACAAUAUCGCAUUAUACUUGACUCAGAAAGAAAGCGUUCAGCUGUAGCACUCUUCCGGUGCCUACCUGCCAUGCCACCCGAAGGAAGCACGAGGGCUAGGAUACUGCCAGGUCGCCCAAGCCUAGACAGGAGAAGUCGAGUGGCGGAGGUCGGAUUCGAACCACGGACCUUCCGGUCAGUAAAUUCGCGCUCUAGCCACUUGGGCCGUCUCGCCCAAGAAGAAGAAUUGGCAAACUAUCUUAAGGCUCAGAAGAGCAGUCCAUCUGAAGACUAA